UUCAAGAUCCAAAUUCUCCAAUCAUGACUCCUCAAUUUCAACACCCUUAAACAACCCACAAUCCAAAUCCUCAUCUUUUUGCACAAAAUCCAUCUUGGGUUUUCAGUUUCUCGCUAGUCCGUGUUUCUGUAUUUUUAUAUAGAAGUUCUGCCGUUCUGAAAAAAAAAUCUGGGUUUUGCAAUAUUAUUAUCAACAACAACAUGGCACCAAGCUCUGUAGUGGUCACAAUUGACAAACCAACCAACAUCUCAUUAGUAGAACUAACCGAAUCCGACAUGUUGUUCGAAAAACAGAAACCCACGUCCACGAAGCAGUUUUCGUGGACUUUGUUGUUAAAAGCUCACAGAAUCGUGUGCUUGUUUCCGUACCUCGCAAUGUUACUUUCAAAAACUUUGGUUACUGUUAAGAAAAGGAUUGCGGUUGCGAAUUCAGGAACCACAGAUGAAGUUGUGUACAAAGAACGGUUGAUGUACAAGUUCAUCAAGGUGUUUCUUGCGAUUUCGGUUAUUGGGUUGGUUGUGGAAUUUGUUGCUUAUUUUCAGCAAUGGGAUUUGAAUUUUAUUCAUGAGUUUAAUCCUACAAAUGUUAUGGGAUUGUUGCAUUGGGGUUACAUGUGUUGGGUAUCAUUAAGAGGGGAAUAUGUUGCUCCAUUUAUCAUGAUGUUGUCUCAGUUCUGUGUUGUGUUGUUUAUGAUCCAAUCGCUUGAUCGGUUUAUACUCGGAAUUGGGUGUUUUUGGAUCAAGAUUAAGAAGAUUAAACCGAAGAUUGAUGAAAGUUAUGAUGUUGAAGAUGCUGACUCUUUCCCCAUGGUUCUUGUUCAGAUCCCCAUGUGCAAUGAAAGAGAGGUGUAUGAACAAUCAAUUGCCUCUGCUUGUCAACUGGAUUGGCCCAAAGACAGGAUCUUGAUUCAGGUUUUGGAUGAUUCAAGUGAUGAAAUAUUACAAGUUUUGAUCAGAAAUGAAGUUAAUUCAUGGAGAGAAAAGGGAAUUAAUAUUAUAUACAGACACAGAUUCAUAAGAACAGGCUACAAAGCUGGAAAUCUUCACUCAGCUAUGCAAUGUGAUUACGUAAAAGAUUAUGAGUUUGUCGCGAUUUUGGAUGCAGAUUUCCAGCCCAACCCGGAUUUCCUGAAACUCACAGUCCCUCACUUUAAGGGAAAACCAGAUGUGGGUUUGGUUCAAGCCAGAUGGGCCUUUGUAAACAAAGAUGAGAAUUUACUCACAAGGCUACAAAACAUCAACUUGUGCUUCCAUUUUGAGGUUGAACAGCAAGUCAACAGCCAUUUUCUCAGUUUCUUUGGGUUCAAUGGGACUGCUGGUGUUUGGAGGAUUAAGGCGUUGGAAGAAUCCGGUGGCUGGCUCGAAAGAACCACAGUUGAAGAUAUGGACAUUGCGGUUCGGGCCCAUUUGAAUGGAUGGAAGUUUGUUUAUUUAAAUGAUGUUAAAGUCCUUUGUGAGUUGCCCGAGUCGUAUGAAGCAUACAAAAAACAACAACAUCGAUGGCAUUCGGGUCCUAUGCAGCUCUUUAGACUUUGUCUUCCGGCUAUCCUUAAAUCUAAGAUAUCGAAAUGGAAAAAGGCGAAUUUGAUCUUCUUGUUCUUCCUAUUAAGGAAGCUAAUUCUACCAUUUUACUCGUUCACACUCUUCUGCGUGAUCCUACCAUUAACAAUGUUCAUACCCGAAGCCGAAUUACCAAUAUGGGUCAUAUGCUACGUACCCGUAACCAUGUCCAUUUUAAACAUCCUCCCUGCACCAAAAGCAUUCCCUUUCCUAAUGCCAUACUUACUAUUCGAAAACACAAUGUCGGUCACCAAGUUCAACGCCAUGGUUUCGGGCCUGUUCCAGCUCGGAAGCGCAUAUGAAUGGGUGGUCACAAAAAAAACAGGCCGGUCAUCCGAGUCCGACUUGUUAGCCUUCGCCGAGCGAGAGUCAAAGAGUUUAAAUGAGGAAAAAAUCCAAAGAAGGUUGUCCGAAUCCGGGCUCGAAAUGCUCGGGAAGUUAAAAGAACAAGAGGCUCCCGCGGGCCCCAAAAAGAAGAAGAAGAACCAGAUAUAUCGAAAAGAACUCGCAUUGGCGUUUUUGCUGUUGACCGCGGCUACAAGAAGUCUUUUAUCGGCCCACGGGGUACAUUUCUACUUCUUGUUGUUUCAAGGGCUUUCGUUUCUCGUUGUCGGUUUAGAUUUGAUCGGCGAGCAAGUGGCGUAAGUAGUUUUGCUCGAAAUCUUGCGGGAGACGAGGUACCCGUCAUGUUCGGGUUCAGUUUCGGGUUCGGAUUGGGCACGGUUUGGUUUAACAGGACUGUGCUAGUGAAUAUAGCAUGAUACUUGAGUAGAGUUGAAAUUUUUUUUGUUCUUUUAUAAAAUAAUCCGAAUUGGAUGAUAAUAGGAGGGAGUUGUAUACAUUUCACGUGUAAUUUAUAUACAUAUUUUUAUAUUAUAUUGAACUCGUUUAGUAAUGGUCCUAAUGGAUAAUUGACACAUUUUUUUGUUAUGGUUA